CUUCCAUAAAAUGUCAUCGUAAACAGUGAUAAAACGCAUUAAAUAGUUUAAAAGUUUAAGAGCGUUUAAACCAAUGCUGACUAGCGUCAGCGUAGCUUACCCAAGCGUUUGAUUAAACCUUGAUAUUUUAUGGUCAUUUGUAGCAUAACGUAGUUUAUAAAGAAAUACCUUAUGCGAUACUCAUAUCGAUGCGUGUUGGAUUUCAAAAUGUAAAGGUCGUUUAUCUGAACAAGAUGAAAUGAUAAAACACAUGUUAUCUUUAUCUCAAAGUUUUGAACGAAUGCGCGUAAUUUCAGGCUUGUCAAAGGCGAAUGUAAACAUACCUUGAAGGGAAGUUAUAUGCAAUUGUAAAAUUGACAACAGAUAUGUACCGUAUUGCAUGUGACAGGAGUGCAAAUCGAAACUGCUUGUGAAAAGACAAACUUGAAAACAUUGCGGAAUUAUUUAAAAGACGUGCACAUCGUAGUGUUAUUUAAAUAGUGCCUAUAUGCGAUAAAUAUAAGAUUAAUUGGAUAUCUAAGAAUGAGUCUAUUUUGUGGAGGUAAAAAGCAGAAUAAAGGCAAAAGAGGAAAGCGUGAUUCCAGUCCCGCUUACGGCGCAUCCCGUAAUGAUGAACUGCAGAGGGAGAAGAGCAGCCUUGAGAAGGAAAUCGGAGACCUGAAAGAGCAAAAAGCCUCACUUGCCAAUCAAAUAAAAACUCAAAAGGAUGAAGUUGCAAGAGAAAAGAAGACGGUCAAAGUCGAUUUAGAAAUUGCAUCUGUAAAUGAGGAAUUAGCCAGACUGAAGAAGGAGAAGAACGACAUUGAUCGGGAAAUCGGAAAUCUACGACAUGACAAAAAUGAACUACAAAAACAAACAAAAGCUUUAAAAGAAGAGUUUGCAAGUGCUAAAAAGGCAGUCAAUGUCGAGUCUCAGAUACACCAACAUCCUGACAAGGCAGCCCAAGAGGAGCAACUCAAUAGUUUUAGCAAAAAACUUGAAGCUGAGAAGGUCGCUAAGGGCAAGGCACAUGAGAAGAUAAAAGCGAUUGAAGAAGAGCAGACAAAGCUGAAAAACGAAAUUGACAGCCUUAAGAAAAUAUCAGAACUAGAGAAGGCUCAGACAACAAAAGCCGAAGAUGAACUAGAUAAAUACAAGAAAGAGAAGGCCAAACUUGAACAAGAGUUGGGCAGCACACAGAAGGAACUGGAGCUAGCGAGGAAGGAAAGCCACAUUCCACGAAGCCCUACACGGGCUUCAUCUGACGAGUGGAAGGAUAAAAUAGACAAAGCUGAAAGCGAGCUUCAAAAGGAGAGAGAACUUCGACUUGGAAAAGAGAGAGAAAAUAGUCGCAUUAACAGUGAAAAUAAACUGCUUGUGGACGAGAAACAAAAAUUGCAAGACGAAACCAAUGCAAUGAAAGCUAAACUCGAAGAGUCGUUAAACAGCUUACGCACCCUCGAGAUGAACCACAAAAAUGAAAUCAAUCAGCUACAAGACAGGCUUCACCAGGAAAAGCAAAAGAUAAAGAAGUUAGAUGAAGAAAAGGACCAACUUUUGACGCGGCUGAGUUCUUCGACAGCAGCCAAGGUGCUUGAUUCUAACCCAAAUAUUGCGGAUCUCAGCGAUCCAAACAGGCCACAGAAGAUCGCUGAGAAGUUCUCCCAGGUAUAUGAUGACCAAUGGACAGACGCCAUGGAAAAUUUGGAGAAGUUGGGAACAAACGAAGAACGGAACAUCAAGAUAUUAAUUGACCUCUUGACUACCAUUUACAGUCAUUGUAAAGAAUCAUCGGACAACCAAAAUUCUCGUAUCGAGGAGGAUCUUUUUCUUCCACCGAUGGAAAGCCACUCGUCCACGUCUGAACCGAAUGGAACCGAACAAUUGAAAUCUCCUAUAAGCACUAAAUCCCAUUCAAAGAUUCCAAGAUUCUCUUCCCAUAAGGGUGGUAGACCGGCACUGCCAAACCUUGUCACAGAGAAAACAACUGUAGAGGUUGUCACGCCUACAAAAGAACGACAAACGCGUGCCCACUCUGUACCAAAGGUGAAAGGUGAAAAAAUGCCUGAAGUGCCGGUAGAGGUAAAGAAAGGGAUCAAGGAAUACCGUAAGAAGGUUGCUAAACAAGUGGUUCCCGUGAUUGAAAAGGAAGUUCUAGCUAAACUCAGGCGAAUGGAGGAAUUCGGAGACAAGGUCGUUGAUGUGUGUUUGCCGUACAUUAAGAAAUGCGUGGAGCUGUGUUGGAUGAUGUGUGUGCAAGACCCGCCUGCCGUGCUCGACUGGAGUGCUCAGGAAGGUGCCUUCAACGUUGAUUUGUACCGGGCCUACACGAAAUCCGGGAGCCAGUUGGAAUUCGUCGUAUGGCCAAUUAUUUAUUUGCAUGAAGGUGGGCCUGUACUGUUGAAAGGCGUUGCGCAAGGCAGGGAUUAGAGAAGAGAUACUUUUCGCCUUGUUGUCUGCCGUUAUUUUUAUGCGUUUUAUGUAAAGGAUUACGAAUUCAUACAUUCAUAUCAUUCUUAUCAUCAACGUAAUCCACAGUGUAUUUUUCUGACGAUCCCAAUACAUCAUAAAAUCAUGUAUUAUAUUUCUGCUGUCGAUAUUACAUCCGCUUAAACCAAAAGCAAAGACUGUUAUAAAAAAAAUAAUACGUCAAUCAUUUUGAAACUUAAGCCAAAUUCUCAGCUUAGUUAUCAAAUUUAUACGGAAAACGUUGUGAACAUAGUUUUUUGUAAUAGUUUACCGUUAUAAGUAAUGUAUAGAGUGUCGUUUGGUAAUAAUUUCGAAAUGUUCAUUCACUUCACUGUAUUUAAAACAUAAUAAGCGUUAGCUAGAAUAGUGUAAUAUGUUGUACUGUCUAAUUAAUUAAUCAUGAUUCGCGUGUCAUAUCUACAGUUUUGCAUACAUAGUUUACCUCAUUAGUUAAUUAAACGCUUUUAUGUGUAUAACAAUAAUUGUCCCACUGUUCAUUAGUUUUACAAAAGUUAUUACUUAGAAGAUGUCAUUUCGUUGUACGAAAUAAAGAUUGCGUCAUGUAAAACAAACUUGUAAAACAGCAAAAGUUAGAACUGAAACGUUACUAUACUUAUUGUUUUUCGUUUGAGAACAAACGGGCUAUUCUGCAGAUCGCCGUUCUGACUUGUAUAUGAUGUUGAAUUCGUUGUAUAUCGUUGUACAUCAUUGAAUAAUUAUUGUAUUUAUGUUUUUCAUUAUUUUUUGACGAAUAUCAUAAACGGCACUUUUAUUCGGAGUUUAGUUCCGA